AUGGGCCAGAAGUGGGAUCUCCGGCCUGAGGCAGGAGCGCGGGAAGGGCUCGGUAACGGAAAGCUCAGCGAAGGCUAUGCUGGCAGCACUGGUCUGUACUGGGAGCAGUACUGGGCUGUACUGGGAGUGGUUAAACGGGUGGCAGGUGUUUGGCCGCUGACCUUCUUUCCCCCUGUGGUUCUUCUGCAGAGCUGGCAGUUCUGGAGGCUGCUCUACGCUCUUCUGAAACAAAUCCACGGAGGGAAGCGGACCGAGUCUGAUGCCCUAGAUAUCCAGAUUAGGUUUGUAAAAUCAGCGUUGUGGUACCAUGGCUAUGGCAGGCCAGAACUCUAUCGGCUCCCUUCCGAUGGCUCAGCGGGCAGUCGGGAGCUGCUGCUGGCGUUUUCCUGGCUGCUGCACAGAAUCAGUCUGUUGGAGCAGCUGCUGGCUCGGAACAGAAUUAGGACUGGGGAUGAAACCUCUGUGUGCACGUGUGAAGAUGAUCUCCCUAACAGCCAGAAAGGCAGGACUGAAAUGGCACCUGAAUAUUAUCCAGAAGACAAAAUAGAUGUGCGAUACCUUCAGUGGUUAAAUGGGAGGCUGAGGUUUCAGUGGCGGAGCUUGUAUGCUCUGCAUCAAGAGCAAUGCAAACUUUUGCAUAAGAUCCAUUUAUUCACUAGUGGCUCUCAUAUGAACAAGAUCCUCGGACAUUUUUCUGUCACAGAAACAGACCUCGUUAGACAACCAGAGAACUACAAGCAGCUAUUACAGUUUCUGGAGUCUGAAACAGUGCAAUUAGAAGCCUUUCUGGAGUGGAAGCAACUGGAACAAGUUUAUUGGCAGUGGAUGGAAACUGUGUUGGAUGAUAUGGCUGAAGAGGGAUAUAUGUGCAAGUCCCAGGAUGCUCAUACAAAGAAAAGCAAAAAAUCCAGAGAUCUAAUGAUUGUCCAUGACCAACUGCAGGAGCUUGUAACUCAUCGUAAGUCCAUGUGGUACGAGAAGGUGAAAACAAGAGAGGAAGAACUACAGAAGGAGGAGUUCUGUGCUGCUGCUAGAAAGAUACAGGAGACUGUUGAGCUGAAACUGCUAGAUCUUACAUACCGUUGUGCUCUGAAAAAAAAUAAAAUGCACGGUUCGUGCAGACUGGUGUUUAGAAGCAAACACUCUGCCAGCAAAACAGGCUUCGGUAGAUCUGUAUCUAAGGAGCCUAUUUCAACUGUCAGUGCUACAGAGGUGAUCAGAGACCUGCAGAUGCGAAAGGCCAGCCUGGAGAGAGAGCUGAAGCAGCUGCAGGAAGAGUGCAGGCAGAGGAUGGAUGAAAUUGCGCAAGGGUUGGAUGGAGUGAUUUGUAUCUCCCCUUGAAGAGAGAAAGCCGGAUGAGAAAAGCAGGUGAAUAGAGUUAUUUGAUCAGAACACGUUUGCACAGCUUGGCAUGGGGGAGUGUGAGGUGAGGAACUGAAUGUAAUUUCUAAUUUUUAGCUUGGGAAUCAUAACUUGUUACUGCUUUGUGACUUACACUGGGGCCGUAACCUUGGUGGUUCUCUCUGCAGCCCUCUUUAUUGCUAAUCUUGCCAAUUAAAUCCUGCAGCAGGCCUUAGUGGGAGUGUGCUUAAAUCCCCCUUUUAUCUUUGAGAUUUCUAGUUCUUCUGCCAAGCAGUGGGCUCUUUUACAGUGCUGAGCUGCUGCACAGCAUACUUUGAGGCUGCACAUUGAAGUACUAAUUGCAUUCAGCAUUUUCCAGCGAGUGGAAGUGUUCAUUAGUCAGAAAAAUCUAGGUAUUGGAAAACAUGUGAAGUACCAAGGCUGAGAGAAAUUGGAAGUGUUCAGGAAAGUAUGUUAUUUAAUUCAGCUAGUUUGCAUAUUUGUGGCAGCUAUUACGCAGCCACCAUAAGAAAAACAAAUGUCUAAUAAUAAAUAAAGCAGCACAAUGUUUUCAUUCACUGCUGUGAUGCACUUCAAGUCAUUGGGUUCUCAAAGAGAACAAACUAGAAACCCAUUCCACUGAGUUAUGAAUCACAGUGAGAUAACUUAUGGGUCUGCUGUAGGAAUUUUUUGUAAAAGAGAAAUGUGGCCUUAAAUUCCAAGUCUGAGGAGUCUACAAGCCUGAGGAGUCCCCAUGCUCUGUCUCUGGAGUCUUUUUCCCCUGGAACAUACAAAUGUUUUUCACUUAGCAUUCGUUUUCUGUCCUUUUCUGUUUCGUUUUCACUAUGGAGUAUUUUGAUAUUCCAGUUGUACACUCUCAGAAAUAAAAAACAGUUUGCUUUCUGUUUGUGAAUUGCAA